CCGUAAGAUAACAUCUAUUCAAAAUACUCUCAUCUUGCUUCUACCCACUGUUACAAAGCAGUUGCUAUGAAUUCGCGACAUCACAUUCUUGGGCAAAAAUACAACAAAGCAGCGCAGCACCAUAGGUUGGACCGGCCUGACCACAUCUUCAAGUUCGAUGCUGCGGCAAACCAUCUAAAGCGGCCCGAAGGCAGUCUAACUGUAGGUAAGCUGAAAAAAUGAAGCAGAAGCACCACGAGUGAUAGUGAAGUUAGUGAAGCUAGCAUUCAGGCCCACCGACCCGCUAACGGCU